AUGAUGAAUAUUGCCCUUCGCCAUAGGGGAUACACUGUGAGGCGAAUCAAACGUGCCAAGGGGAAGACGAAUGCCUUCAGCUUCAAGCACAACUUUGGAGUCUCUCCAUGCACUGCAGUUUGGGUCUACACUGACAUGCAACUAACCAACAUUGCAGACGCAAAGAUCAAAGGAGGAGAGGAAGAUCUCAAGUAUUUUUUAAUGGGUCGUUACUACCUUCGAACGUACCCAACAGAAGAGGACCUGUCGGCGACGAUCAAUUUCUUAGCAGGUUGGGCAAGGACGAAAACAUGGGCUGCGAUCGCGAAGAUCCGGAUGUUGAAGAAAUUCUCUUUUCUAAAGGCCGGUCUCGACUAUGAAUUGGGAAUUUCGCUAGUCGACAAUCGGCUGUUGUGGAUCCGUGGUCCCUUUCCAGCGGAGACAAAUGAUAUUACUGUGCUGAGGGAAGAAGGGCUGCUUGCGGAACUCAAGCGACGAAAACAAUCCGCCAUUUGCGAUAAAGGCUACAAUGGUGAACCUAACAACGUCAGUACAUGCAACUCGCACGAUAAUGCUGGAGCCAAGCUCUUCAAGAGCCGAGCACUCAAGGGACAUGAAAUCUUUAACAAUUUGUUGAAGCAAAACAACAUUUUGGAUACCCGUUUCCGUCACAACGAAACAAAGUUCAGGGACGCGUUUGAAGCUCGUUGCGUUCUGGCACAAUAUCGCAUCUAA